GAAGUGAAGAGUCUCGAGUGUGGAAAACGAAACCAGUAUUAACAACAACAGUAACGACAUCAACAAUAAUAAUCGGUCGAAGUCCCAGAAUACCCUCACGGGCUUAAAUCCCCCAUUAUUGGGCGUUCUCCGACAGGGGGAAAAACCUUUCUCUAUGGUUACCGGAAGCGGAAGUACACAUUAGUGCCACCUGACCGCCAACCCGGAAGUAGUAUUCUUGAGAGGUAGCGUGUGCUGAUUCAAAGGGGUGAGCUUUUCCUACUCCUGGUUCUCAUUCUCUGCUUUGAUGGGGAAGGCGCGUCGGAGAUCCGCCCGGGGCUCGAAGGCCUCGGAGCUUCGGGAGGAGGAGGAGAAGAUGCCGGAGCCGGGGGCCGCUUUGUGUGUCACGGAGGAGGCAGAUGACUUCCACGAGCGGCGCCUGGAGGAGGCGGUUUUGGCGGCUCUGGGCAGCGAGGAAGAGGAGGAGGAGGAAGGGGAGGAGGAGGAGGUGCUGGGGCUGGAGCUCUCAGAGGAGAAUGAGAGCGAAGGAGAUGAGGAGGAGGAGGAGGAAGAAGGGGAUGGGGACGACAUGGAGAGCGACCUGGAGGAGCAGCAGAGGGGGUCCGGCCUCCCUGACGAACUCGCCUGGGGCCAGCGGAAGCAGCUCUACUACGGCAGCGACUAUGGCAAAGCGGCUGCCCACCGCCCCAAAGCUCCCAAGAAGAGCAAGGAGGAAGCCGAGGCAGAGGAGCUGGAGGAAGAGGAGGAGGCCCAGGCCAUUCGCAGGAGGCUGGCAGAGAGCCUGGGUGAGGAGGACUACGGCCUGGAUUUGGUAGAGGCCUAUGCCGGGGCGGCGGAGGCACCAAGUGAAAAGGAGUCAGGGCAGAAGAUCGCCAAAGAUUUGGAGUCUCUUUCUCGAAAAGAGCGCCUGAAGUUGCUGAGGAAGGAGUCUCCGGAGCUGCUGGAGCUGAUUCGGGACUUUGAGGCCAAGAUGAGGGAGCUCAGAGAUGAACUUGAGCCCCUGGCGAAGCUGGCAAGAGAUGGAGUCAUCCCUGAGGGCAGAGGCAGCCAGUACUUGCAGACCAAAUACCACCUCUAUCUGAACUACUGCUGCAACAUCAGUUUUUACUUAGUGCUGAAAGCCAAAAGGAUCCCAAUCCACGGCCACCCGGUCAUCGAAAGGCUCGUGACGUAUAGGAACCUGAUCAACGAUUUGGAAACGGUGGACCAAAAGCUGUCUAUGGAAAUCCGCCUGCUGCUUAAUGAGUCCCAAAAUGGGGCGGAAGGAAGGAAGAAGCCCAAGAGGAGAAAGUCUGUCGAUAAACCAAAAACCAUUUGCAAGGUUUCUGACGGCAAAGCUGAUGAAGAGCCGACGGAUGAUUCGGAGUUAGAUGAGGAGGUUGCUCUGAAUUAUUAUAAGGAGAUGGAAGAAAAAAUAAAGCAGAAGAGAAAGAGGGGACACGAAGAGGCAGAAGAUGAGGGGAAACUGAUUAUGGAAGAGGAACUACAGGGAGAAAAGAGGAGUGCGACAUACCAGAUUGUCAAGAACAAAGGCCUCACCCCCAAAAGGAAGAAGAUCGAUCGCAACCCAAGAGUUAAGCAUCGUGAGAAGUUCAGGCGAGCCAAGGUUCGUAGGAAGGGCCAGGUUCGCGAAGUACGGAGAGAAGAACAAAGAUACGGAGGCGAACUCUCUGGCAUCCGCGCUGGGAUUAAGAAAAGCAUUAAGCUUAAGUGAUUCACUUGGCGCAACUUUUUUACAGGUUGAAAACCAUGGAUGUCAGCUGAAUAAAUAUCUUUUUUUUAAAGCAA